AUGGCGGCGGUCUGGAUGGCGUUGGCGGUGAUGCUGGUCGCUGCUGCUCAGGUGGCGGUGGCUGCCCCGGUGACGGCGCCGGCCUUCCUCUGGGCUCCCAAGAACUACGGACUUAGUCCCAAUGAGGCUAAAGAAGUAGUCCACUAUCAGACAAUCUCCCCAAAGAGUUUAGCUGAUUCUGUUCUCGAGGAAGGUGGCUGGUCGAACUUGGUGUGUUCAAAGGAUGGUCCUCAAAAGAAUGUUGAUGUUGCAGUUCUUUUUCUUGGAUCAAAGCUACAAUCAUCAGACAUCUCUAAAGAUAAACAAGUCGAUCCUGCUUUAGCGGACAUACUAAAGCUGUCCUUCUCAAGCUCUGAGUUUUCCAUGGCAUUCCCUUAUGUUGCCAUGUCAGACGACGAAGCACUAGAGAACUCAUUGCUAUCUGGAUUUACUGAGAAUUGUGAGGAUGGUUCUGGAGGAAAUCAUAUCACUUACACAGACACGUGUACUGCAAGCAGUGAAAGUGUGAAGAAACAUCUGAACAUGGAUUCUGUUCAAGCAAGUUAUCUUUUACAUAUAAAAUACUUAUUUCGAUAUUUUCUGUAUAUUCAUUAUUUAUUGACAGCAUAUACAUUCCAGGACUUGGUGAAGUCACGGAUGGGAAACAACCAACCAACUGAGCUAAUCGUCUUCUGUAGCGGUGGUUUCAAGGACAGUACAAAAUCAGAAGGGCAGUUGCUUUUGGAUCUGGUUUCUGUUCUUGACAAGUCUGGGGCUAAAUACACAGUUCUUUACGCUUCUCAACCCUAUGGUUUGCUGGAGAAUCCUUCGGACCUGCCAUUAGCCAGGUAUCUUGCAGAGAAGACCAACACAACUAAACCUGUCCUAGAGAAAUGUGAUGGAGAGUGCCAAUUAAAAUCAACUCUCCUGGAAGGAGUUUUUGUGGGUGUAGUGCUGCUUAUCAUCUUGAUAUCAGGACUUUGCUGCAUGAUGGGGAUCGAUACUCCAUCAAGAUUUGAGGCUCCCCAGGAUUAA